AUGGGGAUGCAUCACGCAAUCUAUGGUGAACGGUCACUCAUAUUACUGCUAGAACAAGUGGCAAAGGUAUAUUCUGGUAAACCAAUUGAGUCUCGGCCAGCAGUUACACCAUUUAUCGAGUAUCUGAUUAGACUAGAUCCGGCCUCUGGGAGUAGGCUCUUGGCAAAACAUCUGCGAGAUGCAUUGAAUCUGUUCUCGAACAAAGUGUCUGAUUACAGACUGAACCAUGCCAAGGGAUCACCCUGCAACAGGCCCAUUGAUCAGUGUGCGGGACCAAGUAUCACUACCAUGCCAUUCAGAGUUAAGGUCUGCCCGCAGAGGUGUGCUCAGGAUGCCCUUUCGGACAUCCAACAUCUCUCUGCCGAUUGGGUGGCGCAUGGGCAUUACGGUUUUCCAAAUCUGAAGAAUCUGAGUCCCGAGUAUAGUGCUGCGUACCAACUUCAUAAUCUACUUAGGAAUGGGUAUCCGCCUGUUGUGGAGUGCUUCUUGGACACAGCCGCAGUGAACUUUAAGGCCAAUUUCGACUCUGGUGCCCUACAUUGUCACCAGGUAACAAAGAUUCUCAGCCAAUUCGCACAUAUUCUGUCGUGUAUCCUUGUACCGCCACAUUGUGCACUUGAGGAAAUAUAUACAAUGGGGCCUGAGGAUACUACCUGCUUGAAGAACUGGAAUCAAAUACGGUCAGAACCUGGUGAGGACUGUAUCCACGAUGUUAUUGAGAUACAUGCUACAGCCCUACCCGAUGAGCCUGCUAAUUCUUCCUGGGAUGGCGAUCUCACGUACGAGCAGCUGAGCAGCCUAUCGUCUAAAUUGGCAGAGCUGUUGGUAGAACAAUCUUUUGGCCCAGAGGUAGUGGUUCCUAUAUAUACAGAGAGGUCUAGGUGGACCGCUGUUGCCAUGUUAGCGGUUCUCAAAGCUGGCGGCGCUUUUCUCCUGCUCGAUCCAGCCCAUUCUAACAGUAGGAUUGAAGCAAUAUAUCGAACUGUUGAGGCUCCUCUAAUCGCCUCGGUGAAACCAUGCAAUGCCGCCUAUAUGGUGUUCACAUCUGGCUCAACAGGCACACCGAAAGGAGUCGUGAUUGAACACAGCUUGUUUGCAACCAAUGCAUUAACGCGCUCUCGGAGCCAAGUCCUGCCCGCCAAGGCCCGCGUGCUUCAACGUGCCUCACCUGCGUUCGAUGCCAGUAUCGCGGAAAUACUCUUCACCUUGGUAGCUGGUGGAUGCGUAUGUGUCCCGCGUGAGGUGGAUCGACACACCAAUAUAGUUGAGUAUGUCCGGCACUUUGCGGUCAACGUCUUGUACCUUACGCCGUCUGUCGCCCGUGGUCUAAAGCUCGAUCAACUCCCCUAUUUAAAAGCUCUAAUUCUCGUCGGUGAGCCCAUGAAUGAAGUAGACAUAGCAACCUGGGCAGGGCAUGUGGAUUUGGUGAAUGCAUACGGCCUAUCAGAAUGUUCCAUCGAGACCUCCUUUCUGCAGCCGGUGCCAAUCUCCACAGACCACCGCAAUAUAGGCAUUGCACCCUGUGCGUCCUGCUGGACAGUAGACCCCGAGAAUCAUAACACUCUCCUCCCAAUCGUAGCUGUGUGUGAGCUUCUCGUGGAAGGACCCAUUGUCGGUCGCGGGUAUAUCCGAGGAGGGCAGCCGCAUGGCAUAUACAAGACGGAUGACCUCGUACAGUACGCCCCCCAACUUAACGGGUUCUUGUUGUAUCACGGGCGGACGGAUACACAAGUUAAACUUCGCGGACAGCGCAUCCAACUGGGCGAGGUGGAGCACUGCAUCUAUCGCUGCGCGGGGAACACGCUCAAGACUGCAAUUGUUGAACUGGUGACGGUUGAUGACAAGCCAUCUGCUCUGGUUGCUUUUCUUUUGACAGCCGAGGACGGCACGACGGGUGUACCCAAUUCUGGCGACAUUCUUCGCAGUUCAACACCGCAGUUCCGGCCACUUGUUCAAGACGUUCGACGCUCGCUAGAGAACCAAGUUUCAUCGUAUAUGACCCCCGCAAGGUUUCUGCCUCUGUCCUAUGUACCCAAGUCCUUGACUGGCAAGACGGACAGAAAGUACCUUCGUGAGACAGCAGGGCGCCUUCCUCUGACGCCGACAGACGAAGUCACCGGGAUAAUAGUCCAACGGGCACCUGUCUCUGAGCCCGAGCGUAUUCUGCAGGAAGUGGUUGGCGACGUGCUUCAACUUAACAUGAACGCUGUUGGCCUGGAUAGCAACCUUUUCCAUCUUGGUGGAAACUCGCUAGCAGCGAUCAAGCUAAUAUCACGCCUCAGACGCCUUGGGUGGCAUAACCUACGCAGAACUGACUUUCAUCAGCACCCAGUGUUAUCCCACUUAGCCUUGAAACUAGGCGAAUCGGCCCAACUUCAAACACCUCCUGAAGGUGAGAGUGCAUCGAGUACUAGGGUAUCCUGGGAGCCUCUUGAGUCCUUCCGUGCCAUGAGAGAAUUCCUGGGCCAUGAUCGAUAG